UCCAUUUUCCUCGGAUUAGUGAAUCCCAGAAAUCAAAUGUUUUUUUUCUUUUUCUCUUCUCUCUCUUUUUUGUUUUUGUUUUUAUAUCAGAUCAAGAAUUAAAGAAUAAGUUAUGCAAACAUAUGGAGCAAAAAAAACUAAGAGAAAUGUGAGAUGAAUGAUGAAAUGAAUGUGUUCUCGUAUAUAUACAUAUUUGGCAGGGAGAGAUAUCGUUAUUCACGAAUAAGCACAUGCAUGUAUUUUGAUUAAAGGUGGAAAAAUCAGAGACGGAACGUGACGAAGAGACUGACGUUCUACGCUUUUUCCUUGGUGUACUUUGAAUUUACAAAUAGUAAAAGGACAAAGCUUACGUCAGCGGUGACUCUCUCUCUCUGGGACAUCUAGAAGCAGCAUAUUAGGAAAGGGAAUCCUGUAGAUAUAUAUACACCAACGUUAAACCUUGAUCCUAAAGGUAUUAGAAACUUCUAAUAUAUCUAUCUCUACGAGAAGACAAUGAUAAAACAGCACCGUUUCAUUUCAUUACUUGAUCCCACUUUUAUAACUUUUUACCAGAACCAUAUUGUGUGAACUGAAUAAUUUAAGGUUUUUGAUACAUUGCCAAACAAACAAAAAAAGUUUUUGAAACAUAAUCAUGUCUUUUUCAUACGUUCUUCAUGCAUCGAUGAUCUUGGUCAGUUUUUUUUUGUCUUUGUCAUUAUAAAUACGAUCAUAAAACUUAAAUUGGAGUACAAAAACCUUGAUACAAAAUAUAAAAAAUGGUCCAAAUUCCACCGAACACCAUAUUACGCAUUAUUAGCAAGCAAACAAAAAGUAAACAAAAAAACUGUAAUCAAAUCCGUAAAUUCAUAUUUUUGUCCUGUCAAUAUUUUUUUUAAAAAAAUCUGAUAAUUAUUACAAAAAAAUUGCUAUAUCUACUUUGAGGAAGGAAAAAUGGCAAAUAUUCUUGAUAGAUUUUUAUUUUUUUCCCAAAUUAGCACCCAAAAGUCAAAAUAACCAAUAUAGCUUUCACUAGAAAUGAUAAUUAAAUCCUCAUUUAUAAUUUAAAUUAUUAAAUAUAUAUAUAGAAGAAUUUCAAAAAUGUUUUGGAAGAAUUUCAUGAACGUGUAUGAUAUAAUUUAAAAUUAAUUUGUAAAAAAAAAAUCCUGAAUUGAGAAUUUUUUAUGAAUGCGUAUUUACUUCUUGUAUGUAACAUACAGUUUUCUCUAAAUAUGUAUGUCAUCUUUCUAAAUUUAAAUAUAUGUAUAUCUAAAAGAUAUUAUUCAAUAUAUAACAUCUCUCGAAUAUUUACGAAGAUGUUUUUAAAUAUGUAUAUAUAUUUAUAAAAUUUAGAUAUUAAAUUCACGGAGAUCUUCUGAAAAUUCUAAGAAGAUGUUAUAAUUUUAAGAAUAUUUUAUUAAAUAUAUAUAUAAUUAAAAUUCAGUAAGCUAUUGAUGAAAGUUUUCCUAAAUACACCUUUGAUAAAUUUUAUGAAGAUAUUAUACUUGCUCAGACUGAACUAACAUUUUAGAAUUAUAUUAUACACAUCCAAGAAGAUAUUCAUAAACUCAAAUUCAAAAAAAAAUAUUAUGCAUAUUCAAGAAGAUUUUCUUAUUUUUUUUUUUUAAAACUGUUUCUUAAAAAAUUCAGAAAAAAUGUUGUAGAAAAUAUUUUCAAAAAUCGAUGUUUUCAAAAUUUUCUAACUUUUAAUAAAUAUUUAUUUAUAUAUAGAUAAUACUGAUAGAAUAUAUAUAUGCAAUUAUCAUUUACUUAUUUAAUGAAACUUCUUUGGUUAUUUUGACUCUUAAUGAAAAACAUUUUUAGUACUAUAGUAAGUAUUCCUUAAGAAAACAUAAUCAAGUAUAUUACCAUCGUCUAAUAAAUUACAUGUUAAAUAAUAAAAGUAGCUAAGACAUAAUAAUACUACUGUAUUAGCAUGAAUAAUAUCAUAUACGUGAAAUAAAUAGUAGUGUGAAGAAAUCAAACGAUUGUAAAUACCUAAUACGUUUAGAGUUUAGACUUUGACGCUUCUAGUUAAAGUUGCAAGGCCCUUCCUUGUUCCCAAACCGCCAUUAUUUAAUUGAAUUGUAUCCCGCUUGGACUAAUACCUUUCAAAAUAUACAUAUUUUACAAGUAUACUUUAUUUAGAUUUUCUAGAGCUAAACCCACAUCCUAAGUUCAUGUUAUGUGGUAAGAAUUUAAGAUGAAGUUAUGUGUUUGAUUUUAGUACCAUAGAGUUAGGACUUAAUUUGUUAAUUAAACUAGACAAGAUAGCACUGAAUAAAGAUAUAUUUUAUUGGUAAAAAGUGUUAUCGACCGUAAGUAAAACGUGUAAUUAACGUAUCUAGUCUCAUUCGAAGAUUCAAGUAGAAUCAACAAAGAUGAAUUCAACGUUGGUCUUCAUAUAACUUCCUCACACAGCCACAUUCUUGGAAGUUUCUAUAUCCAAUUUUAUCAAGACCUUUUAAAUAUGGGGUGACUGUUGUUUCAACUUUCAACCAAAAGGGUACGUCUCUAACCGGAAAAUAGCUUUGGUGGAGCAUUAAUGUUGGCUAAUGAAACAAUUAUUGGUAGGGCAAUUAAAAAUGGGUUCUUUGGUAGUUGUUGCGAAUCAUAUUUAUUGGUCCAGCGUUCUGCUCCUAUCUAAUUUACAAGGGUAAGCCAAAAACCGGACAUAACCAAAAUUCAUGAGCCUAAAAACAAACCGACGGUAGUCAACGUCCGCGGCUUAAGAAAGUCAAAGGUUACACUUUACAGUUGAGAAAUUGGGAAAUGUCAAAGCCAGUGUCGACCAAUAAGGACCCCACUCGGCUUUGAGAAUAAAAUAACGGGCUUUUGUUGAAUUAACCUGAGUAGGCCUCAUAAUAGCCCAAUAAUGCAGAAGACUCCCACCCAAAUACAGACAAAAGUCAACGAAAGCAUCUUAUACCCAAACUAAGUGAAGUAUCUUUCAACGGGAGUAUAAACACAUAUUCGAUGCCAUUUCACAACUAUAAGUUUUAGGCAAAUAUCAGUUCACAUUAGUGAGCAGACUGGUAAAAUUUCCGUAAUUCUUUUAUUUUCUUAGUUAAUAGAAAGAUUGGAUCAUAUGUUUUUUACGUUCACAAGAUUGUAUCAUAUGUUAUGAACAACAAUUGCAUUCAUUUAUUAUAACAGUUUAUUUUUCUAAUGAUUUGUGUAACUCUGAUUGUGUAGGAUAGUCAAAUGGGUGGGAAUGAAACUCAAGAGCUUCCGGUCAUCAACCUCUCUGACAAGAACCUGAAACCGGGAACAGAGCUCUGGAACUCGACGAGAAACAGCGUCCGUGAAGCUAUGGAACACCAUGGUUGGUUCGUGGCCGAGUACAACAGCUUUCCAGCAGAACUCCACAAGUCAGUUCUAGAAGCUUCCAAGGAACUACUUGAUCUUCCUCCCGAAGUUAAGGUAACGAACGAGAACCACAAGGCUGGACACGGCUACAUAACCAUGAUCUCCGAUGAUCAGCCCGUUCAUGAAGGUCUUGGUAUUGACCAAGCCAACGAUAUCCAACAAUGCCGCCAAUUCUCCCGUCUCAUGUGGCCUGAUCAUCAUGACAAUGACCGUUUCUGUGAAAUUGUUAACGCAUAUGCGAAAAUGCAAGCGGAGCUGGAGCAACUGGUGAUAAGAAUGCUCUUUGAAAGCUAUAACCUAGAGAGGUAUACAGAGAAACACAUAAGAGGAUCACGUUACCUUCUUCGGUUGCUGAAAUACAGAAGACUCCCUAAUGGAGAGCCCAACAGGAAGUUCAUUUCUCAUACGGACAAGAGCUUCAUCUCCAUCCUCCAUCAGAACCACAUCACUGGACUCAUGUUGAAAUCCGAGAAAGAGGACGUUUGGUAUCCUUUUAUCCCUUCACCAACCCGGUUUGCUGUUAUAGCAGGCGACGCCAUCAUGGCGUGGAGCAACGACAGAAUCAAAUCGUGUUACCACAAGGUGGAGAUGGAGAGCGUGGAAAUGAGGUAUUCAUUUGGUUUCUUCUCGUUUCAAGAAGAGAUGAUAUCGACACCAGAGGAGAUGGUGGACAAGGACCAUCCUUUAGCAUACAAGCCCUUUAACCAUGACGGACUUCUAGCUUUCUACGAAACGGUGGACGUUCAUCUGAAGGCACACCGUACGAUGACCAAAGUCUAUUGCGGUAUUCAACAAGCGCAUGAACCAUAAUCACAAGCAUAUACAAACCUAGUUAUUUUCAACCAAAAUGUAUCCUUUUCGUGAUCUUGUUAUUUAGUACCAUACUACCAUGUCUGCUCUAUUAUAUCUUUGAAACUAAUGAUUUGAACCUACAAUGUGUACUAAUGAUUUGAAACUACAAUGUGUGAAUAAAAAUCUUUUUUUUUUUUUUGCAUUCAACUAAAGCGGAAAUGGGCCUUAUCUUAGACUAACAUGAGCUUUAACUAAUAGUGGUUACUUCAAUAACAAAAUACAGUGAAACUUCUAUAAAUUAAUAAUGCUGAGAUUACACCAAAACUAUAAUUUUUUUAUUAAUUUAUAGAGAUAUUAAUUUAUCAAUAUACUAAUUGAACCAAAAACUCAAUUUAAAACUAUAAAAUUAUAUUAUUUUAUAAAGAUUUUUAGUGUAUAUUAAUUUAAAGAAGUUAUACUGUAGUUUGAUUUAAAUAACAUGAGCCUUAUCUUAGACUAACAUGAGCCUUAACUACAAUGUGUGAAUAAAAAUCUUUUUUUUAUCCACUUUUGGUUGUGGAAAUAAAUAACAAAAGAAAAAAAAACUUUUUCAUGUCUCAAUUAUACAAAUAGUUUGAUUUAAUUUCUAAUCAAUGAUAUAU